AUGGAAGGAGCUGGCCUUGCGACGACGGUGAACAGGUUGGGCGCUCCUUUCCCCGCUGCGAACUCCGGGCUCCGGUGGCGGAGGGUGAACCUCCGCGCAGGGGACUGGCGGCCGAAGAGCCCUAUGGGGGAUGCCUGGAAGCCUGGUUCUGUUAGAGCUCAGAAGGUUUCCGAAAUCUCCCUUGGUUGCCGUACUCUGUGCUCGGCUGUUUUUUCUGGUCCCUGUGCUAUUGCGAUUCCGUAAAGUGUUCGGAGUUUUUCAAUUCUUCGAUGUCGCAUAGUUCAUUUUAAAUUUUUGUAUCCGAAGGAAGAUAUGGAAGGAUAUUUUAUUUCCUUGUGGAUUCAUAUUGACCUUUUCCUUUGGGGUAGACUGACGAUAGUUAGAUAUAUAGGACUCGGAAAAAUACUGGUUAGACGAAGUUCAGGUAGAUGGGCCUUCUUUGUUGAUGAUUCAUUCCGUUAUCCGGCAUGAAUUCUAAUCUAUAUAAUCUAUAAGUAAUAUUUUCGAGCUCUGCAGCCUGCUGGAUGAAAUGGCGGCUAAACCGUGAUAGCCGGAUUGCAUUUUUACAAUUUGAUGUCGGAUAAGUCGGACAAUGACACCUAUCUAGGGUUUCCUUGCUGCUUCUCUUGGUUUAUAACACCUGAAAUUCCGAAAUAUUUGAUGUCUAUUUCUGAACGAACAUGAAACUAAAGUUCCCCAUGCUUGAGUAAUAAAAUUUUAUUUUCUUAGAGGACUUUAAUUUAGAGGGAUUUCUGAACAAUUGGUUCCCACAUUUGUGGACAUAAUGAUUAGUACGAAAAAAUUAUUUUAUUUAUUAACUUUCCGAACUGCCAUGUGAAUUAUGGAAAAGAACAUAAAACUUUACUUAAAACUGCCCUUUUUCCUUAAUAUUGUCUGACUGUUUUUGACUUUAGUUUAUUUGCAUUGUAAGUGAGAUACUCAGAAAUCUUUAGCAUGAAAUGCCAGAAUCUGAUGAAAUGUACAUCUUUUUUUGCUUUUUCUGCCUGAUCCAAUAACUCCUACAUUACGAAAUUUCAUGUUUUUAUUAACUUCUAUAUUUUUCAUUUGCUUUUGCAGUCUGAUUCUGAGGAAAAAUCCUCUCCAGUUUUUGGUGAUUCCCUUGCAAAUUCUGUCGAAGUCAGUCAAUGGGAAAGUGGGUAUUCAUACAACGAUAUAGCAGCACGUCAGGGCAUCACAAUCAGGCGCCGACCUCUUACGGGCCCUCCUCAUCACUAUGUCGGUCCCUUUGAGUUUCGUUUGGAAAAUGAAGGAAAUACUCCACGAAAUAUCCUAGAGAAGAUAGUAUGGAACAAGGACGUGGAAGUUAAACAGGUCAUACGUGAUUCCUACUGAUUGACUAGCUAAAUUAUUACUGCAAGUUGGUGCAUGUACCGAUACACUCUCCUUGUCUUUUCAGUUAAAACAGAAGAAGCCCCUUGUUGCACUGAAAAAUUUUAUUGACUAUGCUCCUCCUACUCGAGAUUUCAUUGGUGCUUUAAGGCAAUCUUAUACAAGAACCAAUAUGCCUGCAUUGAUAGCUGAAGUUAAGAAGGCAUCACCAAGUAGAGGAGUGUUGAGGGAGGACUUUGAUCCUGUAAGGAUCCCACUUCUUUUCCAUUUCAUUUGGACUUCGAUCAAUGAUUCCUCUUUCAGUUGUUUCUUAAAAGUUGGAUGUGUGUAUGCUGCAUAUUAAUUUUUUUUUUGAUAAAUUUUCUGUGAUGUUCAUAUGUUUUUUAUUUGAUGAUGUAGGACACCAGGAAAAAAAACCCACUAAUCUAAAAACUCUACCGAGGACUUCUACUUUAACUUUCUUACCUGCAAUGUAGUUGGAUCAAAACGAACCAGUUGUAUCGAAUAAUGAUACCUGUUGUCUCGAAUAUUCCAAAACAUCACUCUCAUUCUCUAUUCACACCCUGCCAAAAUUGUGGUAGGCUGUACCCUCUUAGUAGCAUCUGGAUCUUUGUGUCUACUUCAUCAACUCAGUUUUUGUAUUGUGCUCUAUGUUAACCAUACUUUAAGGGUUUCAACAGCACAACCUUGUUAAAUAGCGGGAUUCACAGAGGUAAAUGCUCAAGGAUCACGUUUCAAGAAAGGAGCAACUGGCAGUUUUCUGUUGGGAUUGAAUCAGCUUUACCUGUACUUGCUAUAACAUGACCUGUUAAUUUCCCAAACAUUCUAAAUCUAGCAUCUGAAUUAAGAUCACACACCUUAAAAGUUUACUGCACUCGUCAAAAUUGGCUAGAGGAUAUUUGCCUAUUCAAAUGGAUGAUUCUCAAUGAUGGUGAUGGGAUAUUAGCUUAAUUUAAUAAUACAGAAAGUUCCAUGCAUAUGCCCAACACAAUGAGUUGCGUUGAACAGACUACCAUGUAAUCAACUUCAGGAGUCGGUUGUAAUUUCUAUCUUUUCAUAGGAUUUGUCUGAUUUAGUACAUUAUUCAUUCUUUUAAUCGGUAGUUAGUCUUUUGCUUUAGGAUGUACAAUGUGGACAAUACACGGUGGAAGACAGAUUCGCUGAUGAAAGAGCCGGAACAUUGAAACACAACCCACACCCGUUGAGUACUACGUGUUCCCUUGACCUUGGCUAAGAUUCCCCAGUGCAUUGGUUCACCAUCCGCUAUCCUGAGAAUCUCACUAACAUCGUCCAUCCCUUGAUCUUCUCUGCAUCAAGAUUAGUCACCUACAGAUCCCCAGUUGUUGCCAUGUUGCAAGCAGUCUGCUGUCUGGCAACAACUACAUACGAGCCAUUUAUGGUGUUAUGGCCAGCUCUUGUUGCUGUUCAUGAUUCUGUGAGAAUUGAGAGAUGGGACUCGUAAAUAAUAAAGUCGAUAUAUUUGCUUACAUUGGUAACAAAUUCCUCAUAAAGUAGACCCAAGAGAUCCUCAAAUCUGGGUUUAAAGCUUUACCUCUAGCAGAUCAUCUUUUCUCUCUAGAAUUUUCUUCAGUACACUAGAAUCAACUCCAAGGAGGUUCCCUAAAAUUAGAUGGCAAGGAAUACUUCCUAUGUUUGGUAAAACUGUUAAACUUGAACUGACCAUCUGAAUGAAAGAGGAGAUGAAAUAAUGGUGACUUGUUUUAUGACCAAGGUGUAAACAUUGUGCCGUAUCAGCUGUUUCUGUUGAAGAUCAAUGGAUGAUCAGAGUGCAGGUGGUUUAUUGCAUUUGACCUCCGGUUAGGUAAUUGGCUGACUGUUUCUUAAUAGUUACCCUGAUGAAAAAUCAUGAACAUACAUCAGAAGCUCAUAAUAGGAACACAAAAGCAGUUACAACAGUUCUGCCAUUCGUGACUGUAUUAUAUAUUUUCUGUAUUCUCACUAGAUGUAGUAAAAUCAACCCGAUAUAUCAAUACUGGGCUGAAAUAGUUUAUUGAAGAAUAGUUUUUCUAACUAAUGACCAAUUUCAUUAUAGGUUCGGAUAGCCAAAGCCUAUGAGGCAGGUGGAGCAGCUUGUCUCAGUGUUUUGACCGAUGAGAAGUUCUUUCAGGUGACUAGAUGCUCUUCUUGUCAACAUGCUUGAGAUUUUGAUAUUUCUCUUAUAACUUUUCUUUCUUUCGUUGCUCAUCAGGGAAGCUUUGAAAACUUAGAGGCUAUACGCAAUGCAGGAGUCCAGGUCUGCUCUAUGACGUGGUUUUCCUUCAUGCAUACCAUUUCCAGUGUUAAUAAAUUUUGCCUGUCCAGAUACUAACUUGAUGAGAACUUUUCAGUGCCCACUCCUGUGCAAAGAGUUCAUUAUAGAUGCCUGGCAACUAUACUACGCCCGAGUCAAAGGAGCUGACGCAGUUCUCUUAAUUGCUGCUGUCCUACCUGACCUAGACAUCAAAUAUAUGACUCAGAUUUGCAAAAUUCUCGGCUUGGCUGCGCUUGUUGAGGUUUACUAAGAUGAUCUUUAUUUUUCUCCCACUGUUUUGGUGAUUAUUUACACCUGGUUUUGGAGUCUGGUUUCCACAUUAGAAAAAAAAUUAUGCCUUGUGCUUUCCCCUAGAAUAUGACCCACCGCAUGCAUUGGAACUGGCGAUUUUGAGCCAAAUAUAGUCCAGAUGUUCAUGGUUCUCUCUAUUUUGCUUGAUUCGAACUUCAAUUUGACAAUACUUUUUGAAGUUUAAGUGAGAAUGGGUUUCUACUUUUGGUUGCUAAUGAAUGGUUUUAUGGCUAACCAUUUCAAGGUUCAUAAUGAAAGAGAGCUGGAUCGUGUUCUGGGCAUCAGUGGAGUUGAACUCAUUGGCAUCAACAAUCGGAACUUGGGUAAGAUGCUGCAUAACUUUUGGUGAAAUGGAUUUGCAUGGCGUCUUGCUUUUCAGCUGCCUUUUGUGAUUCCCUACUUAAAUAGAUUCAUAUUAACACUGCCAAAUGGGGUACUGCCCAUUUAGGGUUUUCAUGGGAGUCAUAGUGAUCGGUAGAAUAAAAUCCCUCCAAUAGAAAGACGGAAGGAAAACGAAAAACCAGCCCUACCCUGCGUCCUCUCUAACACAACCAAGAUCUGUCUUCCUUGUAGAACAUGCUACGAGGCAUAAAGCCUUUAAACAAGAAGUCGGUAAAAGAUAAUUCAAAGGGAAAAUUACAUCCAUUCAAAAGUUUAAUGGCUUGAUGGUUGCCGGCUCAGAUUUUUCCCCAGUUGUGUGUGUGAAACUCCAAAAGGAUUCUGAAAUGGGAGAAAUCAAGGCUGCACGGUUUUCAGAUAAUUUUUUUAUGAUUAAAGUUUUAUAAAAAGUCUCUCUUACUCUUCAUUUUGAGAUUCUCAAAAGAGAUGGGGGGAGUCUUGUAAGAGACGGAGAGCUCUUGUGCAACCCACUUCAUUUCAAUACAAUUAAGGAAAAGCAUCCUGCUCAGAAAAAUAUUUCAAUCUCAUGCUGCACAUCUCAAUUAGACCAUUAUUUUUCCAUUUUGCACCUAUGUUGAAUAGACCUGCAUUCAAUUUUCUAAUUGUUUUCCACCCCUGCUGAACACUUCGAGCAUCUCUAUCUGGGCUCUGUGCAGAAACAUUCGAAGUUGACAUCUCCAUCACAAAGAAGCUCCUCGAAGGAGAACGUGGUGAAAUUAUACGCCAGAGAGAUAUAAUUGUGAGUAGUUUCCUGUCACCUUCCGAGCACUACAUUAACCUAAAUGAAAUUGGUAGUUUCUUUUCUACGUGAAUUUGAUAAGAAUGAUAUCCAUCUCCUUGUAAGUUUUCCAUUUCCAUGAGAACGUUAUUGCCUCUGGCUGGGUCAGCCAGAGACAUAUUUCACCCAUUUCUCUUUCUGACAGGAGUGAUGUGGACAGAUAGUUCUUAAAUGCCCGUUAGAAAAUAAUAUUGAUCACAUUUGGAAAUGACCCAUUUCGAAAAUUUUAGGGUUGGUAGUGGUAAUUCUCAAUUUUCUUUUCUGUUUCUGCUCCUCCAUUCAUGGAUAUAUGCGCUCUAUUACUGUGAAUCUUCCUUUUUCCUGAGGACCUUGUGGGCUUGUCGCCAGAUUUUGCCAAAAAUAGACAUUAUGGCCAUUUCAUCUUGCACGACAAGCAUGAUGUGAAUAAUUGCUUUUUUCGUGUGGCUAAUAUUAAAAUCAUAUAAUUCAUUUGGACUUGCGUACAAGCUUAUUCAUGAAUGAACGCGCUCUGUUCUUGAUGGUUUUUAGAUGGUGGGAGAAUCCGGGCUGUUCACCCCUCAAGACAUUGCCAGUGUUCAAGAAGCUGGAGUCAGAGCGGUGAGGCCCUCUUAUUUCCCCUAGAAUAUGCUGAUGAAUCCUCCGAUCAUAUUACAUGUUCAUGAACAUUUGCAACCAAACCCACACCUGGUUUUUCCUGCCAUUUGAGGAAAUUACUAUCAUUUUCAUCGACUAAUCCUGUCCUGGGCAGGUUUUGGUCGGAGAGUCCCUGGUGAAACAGGACGAUCCAACAAAGGGGAUUACUGAGCUGUUCGGCAAGGAUAUAUCAGCCUGA